AUGUCCACCUCGACCUCCCUCCCUCUCUUCUCCCUCUCCUUCUGGCGCUCUCUAUGGCCCCCUCAUCUUCCACACAAACCACUGCAUGCCCUCCUCCUAGGCAUCCUCGCCGGUCUCUCGAUCUCCCUUUCCUCCGCCUCUGUCGGCCUCUACCUCCAACAACGACGCCGUGAAGCGCUACUGAGACGGCUGCCACCUAGACCGAUAGAGAUAAGGAGGGAUGAAGUUGUGAAGGGCGUGAUGGGGUUGAUUGGGAAUACCCCGCUGAUGAGGAUCGAGAGCUUGAGCGAGGCUACAGGGUGUAAUAUCCUAGGGAAAUGUGAGUUCUUAAACCCUGGAGGAAGCGUCAAGGAUAGAGUCGCACUCAAGAUGAUCGAGGAUGCGGAAGCGCAAGGCAUGCUCCACCCGAAUACCGAGUCGAGGAUAUUUGAAGGCACGGUGGGGUCUACGGGGAUCUCACUGGCAACGGUAGCUCGAGCAAGAGGGUACGAAACGACCAUCAUAAUGCCGGACGACGUCUCUGCCGAGAAACGGCAAACGCUACUCUGCCUCAGCGCGCGAGUCGAGCAAGUCCGCCCAGCAUCCAUCGUUGACCAAAAACAAUUUGUCAACCUCGCCCGUCAGCGUGCGCUCUCCUUUGGGCGUACAAAGCUGCCCCAAAAGUCGCUGCUCGACGCUAUGGCCACCCCUACCCCGCCAGGGGAGGACAUCGUCGUUGCCAGCCAGGUAUCGACCGAAGACGCGCUGCACGAAGCGGGCGCCCGGUUGGCACUAGAAGAGUCCCCCCGCGGGUUCUUCGCAGACCAGUUCGAGAACCUCUCUAACCACGACGCGCACUACCUCGGUACGGGGCCCGAGAUCUGGCGCCAGACGAACGGGAACGUCGACGCUUUCGUCAGUGGUGCCGGGACGGGGGGUACGAUCGCCGGUACGGGCCAGUUCCUGAAAGAGCAAAAACCGGAAGUCGUCGUUGCUCUCGCGGAUCCGGAGGGGAGCGGGUUAUAUAACAAGAUCAAGUUCGGGGUGAUGUAUGAUCCUAGAGAGAAGGAAGGGAGCAAGCGCCGGCAUCAGGUCGAUACAGUCGUAGAAGGGAUAGGCAUCAACAGGCUGACCAAGAACUUCGAGCUCGGCCUGCCGAUAAUCGACACUGCCUACCGCGUUACAGACCCAGAGGCAGUCGCCAUGUCCCGCCAUCUUGUCAAACACGACGGGCUAUUCCUGGGCUCGUCAAGUGCGUGCAACCUCGUUGCGUGUGUGAGGUUGGCGCAUAGGCUAGGACGAGGACAUACGAUCGUUACUAUUUUGUGCGAUUCGGGAAAUCGCCAUUAUUCCAAGUUCUGGAACGACGAGUACCUUAGAAAUGCGAACAUCCCGAUAGACCUGUCGAUCGUAGAUGACCUCAUCGCAGGUCGGGAAGCAACAUGA